AGGAGGAAGCCCUGUUUUUAGGGCUUCCUCUCCUCCUUGAGGCCACCGAGAAGAGCGGCCAGGGAGAAGGGGGAGAGAUUUUUCUUCACAUUGCCGGAGAGAGAGAGAGGAAGAGGGAGAGCCAAGUAGCACGUCGCCGCCGGAGAGGAAGGGAGGCGCCGGAUCUUCGUCGGGGCUAAGGUUCUGCGAGGGAUUUGCGGAAUUAAUUGGAUUUGUUGUGGAUCGCGUUCGCAAGUCUUAAGGUGUGAACCUGUUAUCUUUGCUGGUAGAAAAGGGCAAUUGCAGUCUUUGAUCUCAGCUGGAGAAAAUGCCAGGAUAUUAUGAUAUAGAUGACAUCAUCAUGGAGGAAGAGUCCAUUUCAGUUGUUUUUCAAGUUGGAGCACAUGGUGUUGGCCUGCUAGAUCCUGGUUCAGAAACAAACAGUGUUGAAAAAGGUGCUAAAGUGGACCUGCCCUUUUGGCUUGCUCAUGAGUUGUACUUGAGACAAGCAGUAUCGAUCAGUGUUCCUGCCUGUUUUAGCCAGAAAACCAGGAAAGAAAUCCAGGCUGAUGCAGCAUGCGUGCAUUUGAGGAUCCGUUGCCCCUACUUUUAUGAAUUGGGAUGCAAGAUUGUCCCCCUGGUUAGUGACAAAAGUAUCGGAUCCUUCCUUCAUUAUGCAUUCACCCAUAGAUACAAGGAGAUAUUGAGCAAGUCACAUAGUGCUUCUGUUGCUACCGUUCCCAAAUUCUUGACACGUCUUACAAAGGAAGAAUCCCAAUUGUUUGAAGCUGCUCGGUCUUCAAUGUUAGCAUUCAAGAAAUGGAGGCUAGGUGGAUCAAGAUUAGAGAAGGCAUCCAUUCUUAGUAGGAAAAGGAAGACAACCAUGCCAACUUGCCCAUCGACUCCAUGACUAAGUUUGUCAAGUUUGACAGUUCCCCUUGCAACACCAAAGUUGCAAGCGACUGUAUUGCAAACUAGCAAGUACUAAGCUAUUUCUUUGUAUGAAUAUUUUUUAAUACUCAUAUAGAUUUGCUAGAAUGCUUAUUAUAAACUCUGUUAUCAGCUGCAAUGAACUCCACCACAGCAAUGCACGAAUUUUGUGAGGACUCUCUUACAACAUUAUAAGAAUGAUGCAAAGUUGUUCAGUGA